GCGCAGGGCGGGGCCGGGACCGGCCGGGUCCCCGGCACCCCCCUCCCUCCGCCCGCCCAGACGCGCCACUGCAGAAGAGACGGGCGCCCAGGAGGCCGCGCCGGGGUACAGGCGCCGCUGCUAUGGACAUCCCGCCGCUUGCCGGCAAGACCGCCGCUCUGUCGCUCGGCGCCCUCCCCUUGUCCUAUGCGCUCAACUACGUCUCGGCGCUCUCGCACCCCCUGGGGGUGGCAUUGAUGAGUGCCCUGAUCCUGGGUCUGCUUUUCAUGGCUAUCUACAACUUGUCUCCUGGUGAUAUCUACUAUGACCCACUCUAUGCUGUGUUCACUAUCUUCACCUUCACCUCGGUGGUGGACCUCCUUAUUGCUCUCCAGGAAGAUGGCUACAUGGUGGGCUUCAUGGAGUUCAUUACCAAGGAGGGAGAGCCAUACUUGCGCACUGCCCAUGGAGUCUUCAUCUGCUACUGGGAUGGCACCGUUCACUACCUCCUCUACCUGGCCAUGGCUGGUGCCAUCCACAGAAGGAAGAGAUACCGGAACCUUGGACUGUACUGGCUGGGAUCUUUCAUCAUGAGCAUUCUGGUAUUUCUUCCAGGAAACAUCCUUGGGAAAUACAGCUCAGAGAUCAGACCUGCCUUCUUCCUGGCCAUCCCCUAUAUGCUGGUCCCAUGCUGGGCUGGCAUGAGGGUCUUCGGCCAGUCCCGGGCACCAACCAGCUGUAUCCCUCACGUGGUACAGGAGGAGCAAAGAAAGGGCCUCCUGCGACGCCCGGUUGACCUGGUCCUUGUCAUAUACCUCACCCUUGCUGGGUUCUUCACCCUCUUCCGGGGCCUGGUGGUGCUUGACUGCCCCACAGAUGCCUGCUUUAUCUACAUCUAUCAGUAUGAGCCAUACCUACGGGACCCCGUGGCCUAUCCGAAGGUGCAGAUGCUGGUGUAUAUGUUCUAUGUGCUGCCCUUCUAUGGCCUGGCUGUCUAUGCCCUCAUUGUCCCUGGCUGUUCUUGGCUGCCUGACUGGGCCUUGGUGUUUGCUGGAGCUGUUGGCCAGGCACAGUUCUCGCACAUGGGUGCCUCCAUGCACCUGCGCACGCCCUUCACCUACCGUGUGCCUGAUGACGCCUGGGCCUGCUUCUUCGGGUGCAACCUGCUGUAUGCGCUGGGCCCCCACCUGCUGGCCUUCCGCUGCCUUCAGUGGCCCGCCUUCUUCCUGCGCCCUCCCCCUGGCCCCCCGGCCCACCACAAGAAGCAGCACUGAGAGGGCUGGGGACUCCCCAGGACUCUGUUUACAUGCCUAGCAAGCCCUGCUUGGGGAAGGGUGGGCUGGGUUGUUUAGAGGCAGAAAGUACAUCUCCAGGUGCCUUUGGUCCUGGCCAUGGUGGUUUCAGGCCAAUGGACAGGAUGGGAGGCCCAAGGGCCAAGUGUUCCCCCAGAGAGGGCCACA